AUUGUUUGUGUAAUUUUUUCUGCAAACAUUUUUACAUUAUUGGCUAGCUCUUGUUGGCAACACUGUGUGACAUAAUUUCUUGCAAUGACAGUUAAUUAAAUUUAUAUAUAGGUAUCAUUAUUUGUUUUCGGCGUUUCAUCUCGAAAAUAACUGGAAUUAUUUAUUUUUUAUAAAACAGUUCCUUCCAUAAUUUAUUAAAAUGGCUAACGAUGAACCCUCUGAUUUGGAUUGGGUGCAACUGCGUCAAGAAAUGGGCGCAACUCACCAUGUAGAAACAACUGCUGAGAAAUUUGGAAGAAAAUUCUCUGAAAAUCCGUUUGUUCCUAUAGGUUGUCUAGCAACAGCAUCCGCAUUAGCCUACGGCCUAUGGACUUUUCGAACCCGAAAUUCACGUCUCUCGCAACAAAUGAUGAGGUUGAGAAUUGUAGCACAAGGAUUCACAAUUACUGCUCUUGUUGUCGGAGUCAUGAUGACUGCAGGAAGGACCAAGUAAUAAAUAAUGUAGUGUACAACUGUUGAUAUUACUUGUAACUGAAUCAUGUUUUAACAAGAUUACUGUGGUUUUAAAGAUGAAACUAAUUUAUUUUAGGAAAGGAUUUUGUAAAUACAAGCUUUAUAAGCCCAAUGUGGAGCAUAUUUUUUCAAUGCUUAUAAGUUUUGUAAUUCACUGAAAAUGUUCUAAGUACAUAUUAGUUACUUUGAAUACACCUAAUAGAUUUGA